AUGUCGCUCUUCAACUUCUCCACGCCGCUCGACAUCGACAUCGUCCUCGACAGCACCGACGACCGCCCCACCGUCGACGUCAAGCUCGACAAGAACCGCCGCGAGAAGUGUCCGCUCUAUCUCGAUGGAGAAACACUCAAGGGAGCUGUCACCAUCCGCCCCAAAGAUGGCAAGCGGCUGGAGCAUACCGGUAUCAAGGUGCAGUUCGUCGGCACCAUUGAGAUGUUCUUCGACCGCGGCACCCACCACGAAUUCCUGUCCCUCCAAACCGAACUGGCUGCACCCGGCGAGCUCCAACAUCCGGUGACACUACCCUUCACCUUCAAGAAUGUGGAGAAGCAGUACGAGUCAUACCAUGGCAUCAAUGUCAAGCUACGAUACUUCCUGCGGGUCACCGUCUCCCGCCGCAUGGCCGACGUCGUGCGAGAAAAGGACAUCUGGGUGUACUCAUACCGCCAACCGCCAGAGAGCAACAGCGUCAUCAAGAUGGAUGUCGGCAUAGAAGACUGCCUCCACAUUGAGUUUGAAUACAGCAAGAGCAAGUACCACCUGAAGGACGUGAUUGUGGGGAGGAUAUACUUCCUGCUGGUGCGGUUGAAGAUCCGGCACAUGGAGCUGAGCAUCAUACGGCGAGAAACGACCGGCGUCCCGCCCAACCAAUACAACGAGUCGGAAACACUCGUCCGCUUCGAGAUCAUGGACGGCUCCCCCUCACGCGGCGAAACCAUUCCCAUCCGCCUCUUCCUCGGCGGCUUCGACCUGACGCCGACCUUCCGGGACGUCAACAAGAAAUUCAGCACACGAUACUACCUAUCCCUCGUCCUGAUCGACGAGGACGCGCGGAGAUACUUCAAGCAGAGCGAGAUAGUGCUCUUCCGCCAAGCACCAGAGAAUUCCGCGCUGGCCAUGCAGCAGGCCAAGGAAAUCCAGGCCAGCUAG